CUCACCUCACUUUCUUCCUUCAUUCCCUUUCUCUUGCUCAACAAUAUGGCAAAAACGGCCCUUCUUUUGCUACUCGUGGCACUCGUCACCCUAUCAUUCACUCCCGGUGUCUACGCGUUCGGAGCUGGAAACAUUCCUUCCUUUUCAUACCUUGAAGAAAAGGCUUUUAGGCAUGGUGAUAUUGAAGACAUCAUUGCAAAUUUGUUCAAAGCCGCUGGUGGCGGUUUCCUCUCCAGAGGUACCAAGUUUACGCCACUGGAUGUUAAGCGUGUCUAUUUUGGAAACUGGCUUCGAGACUACAGUCAAGCUGUAGACGUUGGCUCUCUCAAGAAAACCAAUCUUCAAACGAUCAUCAACAUUGUCAUGGUUUUGGGUUUUAUGGCACACGGUUAUGCUACUGGCGAGUUUGAAGUCACCAAGGACCGACUCGGCUGCUACCUUCCGACUGAGCAUAUUGACAACCCUAAGGGAUAUGCCGAUGGCGAAGACGCUAGGCAGUAUGACAGUCGAUUGCGGGGACCGGUGGAUCCCAGGGAGCUCGAAAUUGACCCCCGGACCGGAAUGAAGAAUUACAUUGCAAACGAGAACGGGGGCUGGGCAACUUCGAAAGCUCUCGUGAGGCAGAGGCUACAAGAGUGUAUUCAUUAUGGUCGACAGUACAGGUCGAACAAUAACAAGUCCGACCUGUACGAAGCCUUCCAGCUUCUCGGACGUGCAUUGCACACUCUUGAGGACUUCACUGCCCACUCUAACUGGUGCGAGCUUGCCCUCAUUUCCUUCGGUUACACCAACGUUUUUCCCCACAUUGGACAGAAUGUGAAGGUACGGGCUCCUAAUGGGCGUGAUGUGUACCCUCUUGUAACAGGCACAUUCGGUGGUGCUGAUUUCAUCCAUUCUUUGAUGGGUGAAGCGACGGACCAUCUUUCGCAGGCAUCUGUUUCCGACCUUAGCAAGCAGAUGACCAAUGCUCGUUCCGUAUCCGAGGGUCAAAGUAGCUCCGCCGACACUCUUCGCCAACUUUUCUUCAGCAUUCCGGGCGGUGAAGGAGACAGCAUGACUCGUGAUUUGGAGGGUAUUCAAAACAUGCGAGCAGGUCAACCCGGCGGUGUCGAUCCUAGCACAAUGAGCCCUCAAGAGCUCCAUCAGACCAUCUGGCAGAUUCUGAGCUUCAGGGACUCAGUAAUGAAGAAGAUUGAAAACACCAUCGAUCGAAUCCCAGGCCUUUCCGGUCUCGUUGAAAAGAUUUCAAACUCUGUUUCUGUCUUCAUCAUCACCACCCUCGAACCGUUUGUCAAGCCUCUUUUGGGUACCGCUACAGAGGCUCUUGGUCAGUCCUCUCAAGCUGUCAUCGACUCACAUGACCAAUACGAAGUCUGGAAUGAUCGAAAUGCUUCCGACCCCACUCACUCUUUCCUUUCCAAGGAUCACUUUGGUCUCCUUCUCAAUCAACCCGCCGGUGAAAUCGCCCGAAUUGUCGUGGAACACACUGUCAACCUUGUCGUCAAGGCUUGGGACGAUAACAACAUCAAUCCCAGCCAGGUUACUGAGACAGCCCUUGAAGCUUUGUUCCAUCCAGACUUUGCCAGUGGGCAUUCCCAAAUUCAGAAGCAAAUGCUCGAUAAGAUGCGUGAAUGGAUAAACAGCACCGGCUCCAACAAGAAUGAGAUCUUGCACCGACUCACUUCCGACAUGGUAAAGCAGGGUAAGAAUCGCCGAAUCGGUGAUACCUCCGCAACCACGGGGCAUGUCCACAAUCAGCUUCUGCCUGAGGGUGGACUGCAGCAGGUGAUCGCUCAACAAAACGUUCAUGUACCUGGUGCAAGCGUACUCAACGCUGGGCAGGAUUUGAUGUCUGGAAAGAUGCCUUGGGACCAAGGAUUUGGAAGUGGUGGUGCUCAUGCCUGGCGUGAUGUGGAUCCCAGUAAUCCUAGUGCUCCAUCUGGAGGGUAUAACGCUCCGACGAAUUACAAUUCUCAGCCAUCCUACAACUCUCAACCUUCCCACACUUACGAGCAAUCCUACAGUGGUCAACCCACUUACACUACUCAUUCCCAAGCCUCUUACGGUGCCCCGACUAUGCCCCAGUCUUAUCAGUCACCUUCUCCCCAAAAUCACAACUCUCAGCCGUCUUAUGGCAAUCAAGGCGACGGCUCUGGUUAUCCAGGGCAGCAGUAUCGCCAUGACAGGCCUGGUCACCAUCAACCACCUCACCAUGGUGGCUAUGGAGCGCCACCUCAAGGCGAAUAUGGUACACCAUAUGGUGGGCCUCAUGGUGGACCGCCUCAUGGUGGCCCUCACCAGUCUCAUGGAGGAUCUCCUCAACCUCCUUAUGGGCAACAGCCUCCCUAUGGAGGUCAGUCUCAAAAUCAAUGGGCACAACGCCCUUCUUAUCAGGGACCUCCAGGUGGAUGGUAAAGAUGUCAUCGAAGAGAUCAAUUCAUUCUAACUUCCGUUGUCGAUGAUAUUUAUGAGAUAAUGGUUAAAAAAAAAAACGAAAAAGACGAGAGGAAACGAAAAAAAAAAAGGAUUGUACACACGAAAAAGACUCCAGCUUGCAGCUAGCUAUAAUGUUCAUGACUCACUUGUCCCAAAAUGCCUAAACAGUUUAAUCCACCAGCAUUGAGGACCCCUUUAUCCCUUCAUCUCCCCCCCACUUCCUUCAGGGCUUCCUAUUUUCACGUCAUUGUAACUUUCAGCUUGCCAUAUCUCGAAUUCAACUUCUCUUCGUCUGAUAUAGGCUAGAGAACAUCGCCUGCCAUGUUUUAUUGACGGGUUCAAAUGAAUUGAGAGAGUCACAACAAGCGACUUGAAGGUAUUAUAGCUGAAAAGAUGUGGUUGAAUGAAAAAGCGCCAAGCUUAAAAGCAGUUAAUAGGCUGCACCAUGAUUGUCCACGUUCAAAAUGACUCACUACAUGAUCUCGGUGCGCUUUUUAGAGGACCCCUCUCUUGAACUGGAACUUUUCGCGGUCCAACUCGACAAAUUCACAACGUUCUCCCAAGAAAUCUCCAAGCGCUGCAUCAUUUGGCAUCAUCUCGGUCAAGACUUGCCAGAUCACAGCACCAAACUCCUCCGCAGCCGUAACAUGAUAUUCUAUUUUCCAUCCCACCUGCCUUGCGCCCUGUGAACGGAGGUGCCUCAUGAUGUGUCUAGCGACGGUCAUUGUCACGUUGCCUCGAAGAUCUUUUCGUUUUCCUUUGGGUAUAUCGAAUACCACUUUACAGGAUUUACCAGGCUCACAGCCUUCCAGGUAAUCUGGUACAUACUCUAAAAGUGUUGACCAGGAG